AUGGACGACGGCGCGGCAACUCCUUUGCCAACAACCACCACCCAGACCCGCCUCCUCCGCUGCCGGAGCAACUCCUAUUCUAAAUCAGUUCUCAGCCUUUCUUUCAAGAAUCACCGUCCAUCAAUUGCGACGCCGUCUCCUUUCUCAUCCUGGUCGUCGGGAGUAGACUUUGACCCUGUCUUAAUCAAGCCAUCUUCCUACACUUCCCUGAAAGAUCUUCUGCCGUCAACGGCCGUUAACUCUCCCAAGCCCAACUCCCCAACCCAAUCGGCCUCCAAAAAUAUCUCCAUUAAAAACCAUCUUGUUAAGCAGGCCGCCUUUGCUUACCUCCAGCCCAUGUCCAGCACUCCGGACGCUACCGGGAGGAACUUCUUCCGCCGUAUCUGGAUCAAACUUCAGGCCAACAAUCCCGUCGGAGCUCUCCGCAACUUCUUCAAUGUCCAUGUGUUUGGGAGACUCAAUCACGCCUUUGAUUGGCUGUUGCAGACUGUUUGCCUUCGUAGCUCCAGAUAG